CCCAAUUGGGUUUUCGACAGCAUAAAGAACUGACGAGAGAUGGCGACGCUGCUGAGAUCCAAACGCCUUCCGCUCCGCCCCGCCGCCGCCGCCGCCGCCGCCGCCGCUGCGGCUGCUGCCAUCCAAUCACCCUUCUUCCUCCGCCGAGUAGUUCCUCUGAUUCCCAUUCGCGAGUACCGUAGCAGCCGCUCUCGCGACGACUUGCCUUCCUCCAGGUAUGAGCACCAGUCGCUGCCUAUCAAUUGGGGCAUCCGAAUCGUGCCUGAAAAAAAGGCUUAUGUUGUGGAGAGGUUCGGAAAGUAUCAGCGGACGCUAGACUCUGGGAUUCACAUCCUUCUCCCGUUCGUUGACCGGAUCGCGUAUGUGCACUCACUCAAGGAGGAGGCUAUCCCCGUUCCUGACCAGUCGGCCAUUACCAAGGACAAUGUUAGCAUACUCAUUGAUGGGGUUCUGUAUGUUAAGAUUGUUGAUCCCAUCCUUGCUUCUUAUGGCGUGGAGAACCCACUAUAUGCCGUAAUCCAGCUGGCACAGACAACGAUGAGGAGCGAGCUGGGGAAGAUCACUCUAGAUAAAACCUUUGAAGAAAGGGAUGCUCUAAAUGAGAACAUUGUGAGAGCAAUCAAUGAGGCUGCUUCUGAUUGGGGUCUUAAAUGUCUGCGUUAUGAAAUCCGGGAUAUAUCUCCACCACCUGGAGUUAAGGCAGCUAUGGAGAUGCAAGCUGAAGCAGAAAGAAGGAAACGUGCUCAAGUUCUUGAAUCUGAAGGAGAGAGACAAGCUCACAUAAACAUUGCGGAUGGAAAGAAAAAUUCAGUGAUACUACAAUCAGAAGCAGCAAUGAUGGACCAGGUUAACAGGGCAAAAGGAGAAGCUGAGGCAAUCCUUGUUAGGUCUCAGGCAACUGCUCAAGGUCUCAAGAUAUUGUCAGAAGCCAUCAAAGCUGAUGGUGGUGCAGAGGCAGCAAGUUUGAGAGUUGCUGAGCAAUACAUCAAAGCAUUUGGUCACAUAGCAAAGGAGGGAACUACCCUUCUACUCCCUAGUGCCAUCCAAAAUCCUUCUUCCAUGAUAGCUCAGGCUCUAGCAAUAUACAAGCAGCUUAAUCCUGCCAAUCUCUCUACUUCCUCUGCAGAAAGUUCCCAUCCAGAGACCUCUGUCAAUAGCAAAACCUAUACUGGCCAUGUGAUUGAUGACGUUGAAACUUCCAUAAACAAGGCAACUGAUCCAGUUCUUUCAGAUCCUAGUGGAAAAACAUUCUCCCUCCAAAGCCCACCAAGGGAUUGAUCUAUCUUCUCUAAAGUCAACUCAAUCAUUUUUGGCAAGUCAAAGAAGCAUGACCUUCUAGUUCUGAUGUAGUAGUUUGGCAUCUGUUUACUUUCUUGAUGAGGUCUAAUCUAGAAUUUGAAAUGGACAAUACCUCACAGGCUCUCGGUCAUCUGAAUGCGUUGAGCAAAUACACUCGGAAAGCGUCUGAUCACACAAUAAUUGUGAAUUUGUGAUGAUUGUUUCGUUUACUUUUCA